AUGGAAAGUGCGGACAAUCUAAUACUUUGCAAGGUCGACCUGCCUGUUGAUGACACCCUCGAGAGUAAUAUCGACAAUCUCAAACCAGAUCACAAGAAAGCAUUAUCGCCUGUGGACUCAAUGUUUGAGGUUCUCGACACUCCUCCUCAGCGUAAGCACCUGCAUAUUGUUGUCCAACCACCUCUUUACGGACAGUACAAAGGUUUCCGUUACGCAAUCGCUAAAGUUAAGAACGAGUUAGGGUCCACGGCGACCGAACCCCACAUGCAAACCAUUCUAUAUUAUAUACAUUCUACUGAGUCUUUCGCGAAGGCCAAGCCUACAUUUAGGUUUCCCUGUAUAACAAUCACUCUAUUUGGUCCGCACAUCGAUUUCUCAGCUGCUGUUUGGAGCACUCGUCCGAACAUGCAGGUGAUUUCGACUGGUUUACCUCUCUUUCACCACCCCACUGAUAGCAAAAUGCGUGCGAUGGUCGCUCGGCACAUUGGUGCGCUCAGGAAGGCUCUUCGGUUCCUCUUGGCAUGUUACCAGGGCAUUACGUCCCCUUCUCCCGAUCAAGACCUCGAAUUUCUGGACUCUAAGUUUCAAGAUCCCAUGUUUCCAUACCCGUAUUCUUUCACUUGCAUCGAGACAUCGUUGACGUGA